ACUGCUCAAUGUCCCGUUCCGGGAUAAUUCCCCUGAUCACUGUUCCGUUCCGUUUCCCAAAUGUGAAUGCAUUCUAGAGAGAGAAAGAGAGGGAGGAGAGAGAGAGGAUAAGAUCCUCAAUCCAUUUUCCUCUUGCUAUCCUUGUUUCCUCAAAUUCCAAAUCUGUCUCUCUCUCUCUCUCUCUCUCUUCUUUGGACCUAGAGACCAGUGUGGGUCUGGCCUCUUUCUCUGCUUUGCACUCAGAAACCAAAGUGGGUUUUGUUUCUGGUUUGAAUCCAUUGAAUCUUCAGAGGGAAAACUGUAAGUGUGUGAAAGGAGAUGGCUUGUAUUGGUGGCCCCUGUUCAUUCUCCUCUUACAAGACCUUCCCCAGAAAACCCACCCUUCUUCACACUAGAUUCAAGCUCAGAAUAAGCUGUACAGUAGCAGAGUCUUUUGUGGAUACAAAGUUGACCUGUGUAGAUGAACCCAUCCUUCUCCGUGCUGUAAGGGGAGAUAAAGUUGAAAGGCCCCCAGUGUGGCUAAUGAGGCAAGCAGGGAGGUACAUGAAGAGUUAUCAAUUGAUAUGUGAAAAGUACCCUUCAUUCCGAGAAAGAUCAGAAAAUGUCGAUCUUGUUGUUGAGAUAUCUCUGCAGCCAUGGAAAGUUUUUCAGCCAGAUGGGGUUAUUCUAUUUUCAGAUAUUCUCACUCCGCUUCCCGGGAUGAAUAUCCCUUUUGAUAUUGUAAAAGGAAAAGGCCCCGUCAUUUAUAAUCCUAUAAAGACCGGUGCAGAUGUUGAUCAAGUGAAAGAAUUUGUUCCUGGAGAAUAUGUUCCUUAUGUUGGGGAGGCUCUGACAAUCCUGCGAAAAGAGGUUAAGAAUGAAGCAGCAGUGUUGGGUUUUGUGGGAGCUCCAUUCACACUUGCAUCUUAUGUGGUCGAAGGCGGUUCCUCGAAGAAUUUUACAAAGAUAAAGAGCUUAGCAUUUUCUCAGCCAGAGAUCCUCCACGCCUUGCUGCAAAAGUUUGCCGGUUCCAUGGCCAAGUACAUCCAAUACCAAGCGGACCAUGGUGCCCAAGCAGUCCAAAUCUUUGACUCAUGGGCCACUGAGCUCAGCCCAAUAGACUUUGAAGAAUUCAGCCUCCCUUACCUCAAACAAAUAGUGAGCUCAGUUAAACUAACCCACCCUAACCUUCCUCUAAUUCUCUAUGCAAGUGGGUCAGGUGGGUUACUUGAAAGGCUCGCAUUAACAGGUGUAGAUGUUGUUAGCUUAGACUGGACUGUGGAUAUGGCUGAGGGCCGGAGUAGGCUGGGCCAUGGAGUGGCAGUCCAAGGAAAUGUGGAUCCUGCAGCAUUGUUUGGAUCAAAGGAUUUCAUCACUAAACGUAUUUAUGAUACGGUUAAGAAGGCUGGGGACAGUAAGCAUGUGUUGAAUCUUGGUCAUGGGAUCAAGGUUGGGACACCAGAGGAGAAUGUAGCUCACUUUUUCGAGGUAGCAAAGGGAAUAAGGUAUUGAGAUUGUAGUUUUUUGUAGAAGAUUUUGUGUUUUUGAUGAAUCUAUGGUGCUUUUUGAGCGAGGGAAGCACAUUUAUCGCUGAUGCAUUGUGUUUUGAGGUGGUGUUUUUAGUUACAUUUUUUUA